GUUGGCAACUUUUACGUGUAGUAAGUGCAGUCGCCAUCGUAAGGUCUAUGGAAGCGAUCAUUCAGAUGUUAGUUUUUCGAACUUUAAAGCUUAUAAAUUGGUUUUAAUACAUAGAUAAAAAGCAUAAAAGAAAGGAUGUGAAGCGAUUCAAGAUGAAUGAAAAAAGAUUUGCUGAUUAUUUUGUCGUCUGUGGUUUAGAUCUCGGUUCUGGCUUGGAGCCUGAUCUUUUGGCUGGUGAUAGUUUACAUUGUACUCCUCUGGACAGGCCUUUCAGAUCAAAAGUACUUGCACAUUAUCCAGAAAAUGUGUCCUGGAAUCCUUUUGAUGAAAGUGCAGUUGGAAUGCUCUGUCUUCCUAGAGGACUUACUUUUAGAACACAGAAACAUACUCGCGAUCCAUAUUUUCAUUCAUUCAUUAUAACAAGAGAAGAUGGUUCUCGUAGUUAUGGUCAUGCACUUACAUUUUAUGAGGAAGUUACAGACAAAAGAAUAUGUGCAGCAAUGCAAACUUUACAGGCAAUGCAUAUUACCGAGUUGAGUAGCAGUCGAGCACAAAUGGUAAAUACUGCGUGUGACAUGAGUGGUACAAGGUCUCUUCCACGUUCUUUUAAACUCAGUUCACGCCAGUCGACACAACAUGCCACUCUAUAUGAUUACACACAAGAUACAUUAUUUGUAACAAAAUGUAUCUGUUUAAUAACUCCGCUUCCUGCUAUUGUAUCCUGUUGUAAAUUUCUUGAAGGACUUUAUAAUCUUGUUGUUGAUAAGCCCCCUUCAUCUCUGCCAUUAGAAAGUUAUGUAUAUAAUAUCCUCUAUGAGGUACCUCUUCCUUCAGCAGGACGUAGUUUAAAGUUUUCUUGUUUUGGCCAACAUGUUUUGUGCCAAAGGCCAGGAAAUGGAGAGUUGCCAUUCUUCGAAUAUUCAUACAAAGAAUUUUUUUUGACACUUGGUGUUGAAAAUGCCAUCCAAUUAUUCACCAGUGUCCUUUUAGAAAAUCAAAUACUUUUAUUUUCAGAAGAUUAUCACAAGUUAAUGUUAGUAGCUGAAUGUAUUACAAUGUUGUUAUUUCCAUAUACUUGGCAACAUGUAUAUGUUCCUAUCUUACCAGCAUCGUUACAUCACUUUUUGGAUGCUCCAGUUCCUUAUAUUAUGGGAUUGCAUCAAAGUGUUGAAGAUAGAACAUCAUUAUCUAUACCCGGAGAAGCAAAUCUCUGUUUUGUUGAUAUUGACAAUCAACUAAUUGAAGUUCCUGAAGAUAUACCUAAAUUACCAUUCAGGAAUGAACUUAUAUCUGAGAUAUGUAGUGCACUAAGUAGAUUUGGAGUACCCAUAAAUACAAAUGGAAAGAGUUAUCACAAUUUAAAUAGGAGAGGUUCGCGGCAUGCAAGAAAAUUAUCUUGGAGUUUUGAAAGUGGAGAUUCUGGGUUUAAUAGUAAAGACAGUAGUGCACGUAGUUCAUACAGUAGUUUAGCAAGUAUGCAUAAUCAUAUUCUACAACAAAGUGAAGCUCUUCAAAAAAUUACUGCUAUUGCAAAAAGGACAGGUGUAAUUAAGUCAUUAGAAGAUUUAGAAAAACAAGGAAAAGUAGAUAAUGAAGGAAAUUCUAAACUUAAUAAAGAAUCUGAAGAAUCUAGACAAUAUUUAGAUACAUUAAAGUUGAAUAAUGCAAUAAGGGAAAUAUUUUUCAAUCGAUUUAUUCAUAUGUUUUGUUCAUAUGAACAUUUUGUUGUUCAGCCAAAUCAACAAGAUACCGAUCAAUGGUUAAGUUCAAGAGAAACAAUGCAAAAUUUUGACAAGACAGCUUUCCUUUCUGAUCAGCCAGAACCAUCAUUGCCUUUUUUAUCACGUUUUAUUGAGACACAGAUGUUUGCAACACUCAUUGAUAAUAAAAUUUUAUCUCAAUGGGAAGAGUGUGAUCCAUAUUUGAAGGUAUUUGAUUCUCGAAUCAAGUUACUCAAAGAAUGUUGUAGUGAUAGUAUGGUAAGAAUUCCAGCUUAUGAACCAUGUGGGACAUUCCGAGAUACAGAAGUUUUAAUUGAAACAAGAAUAACUGUGAUAGAUAUAACAGCUUCCCCUCCAAAAUGUCUAGAAGUUUCGACUGACUGUAAAUAUAGAUGCAUGUCAGGUUCAUUUCCUAUUUUAGAUUUUGAAGUUUUAAAUCAAGGGCCAUCUUUUAGCAAUAGAACUAGAAAAAUUAGCAGUGCACAUUGGAAAAGAAAAGAUAAACGUCAAUUACAUGCAGAACAUUUGUUGCAAACUAUUGAUCAAAAAGAUAAAUAUAUUCCUGAUGCCAGAAAUAAAGGAAUUCAUCAUCCAAAACUCUCAGAUGUUUCACCAGCAUUUAUUGCACAGACAAAUUGGAAGUUUGUUGAUGCUCUCCUUAAAGAAUGUACAAUGCGAACAAAACGAAUGUUAGUUGAAAAGAUGGGACAAGAAGCAAUUGAACUUGGCCAUACUGAAGGUAGUAUUACAGGCCUUGAAGAGAAUACUUUGAUAGCAAGUCUUUGUGAUCUUCUUGAACGUGUUUGGAGCCAUGGAUUACAAACAAAACAGGGAAAAUCAGCUUUGUGGUCUCAUUUACUCAGUUAUUUAGAAGUUGAAGAAUGUAAAAGCACAGGCAAACCAAUUGAUCCAAAUUUUUUAACUCCUGCAUAUCCUGAAAAUAAAUGGAGUUUUGGUAUACCAGAAAUUUUAUUAUCUUUAAAAACUGGGAAUUUUAGUGCUAUAUUUAACCAUCUUGCUAACUUUGAUAUAUCGACUCUUGCAUUAGAGGGUGAAUCGUCAAAUAGUCGAAAGGAGUCUUGGGACAAAAAAACAAAGAAAACUCCAGAUCUUCCAGUUUUAAGACCAAUGCCUAUUUCUUUAAUAUAUGAUGUCAAAAAUGUCCAGACAAUGACUGAAAUGAAAACAGACAUUGGUUAUGCGAGAGCAUGGGUGAGACUAGCAUUAGAGAAGAAAUUACUCUCUAAGCACUUGAAGAAGUUAUUAAGUAAUCAAGAAGUACUCAGGAGUUUGUACAAACGCUAUGCCUUUCUUCGCUGUGAUGAUGAAAAAGAGCAAUUUUUAUACCACUUGUUAACAUUAAAUGCAGUUGAUUAUCGUUGUUUUACAAACACAUUUACGUCAACUAUAAUGCCAUAUCGCAUUGUGAUAUUUCCAAGUCGUAAAUUGAAUGCGUCUACCACUUCUGCAAAUGUGUGGAUCAUGCUAUCUGGCACAUUAGGAGAAACAGGAAUUAUUAAUUUACCAAGACAAACAUUAGAAAUUGUUUCACAAGAAAAGAAUCUUGGUAUAUUAACAACUUUAAGAAUUGGGCAUGAUAACACUGGUAUUUAUCCAAAAUGGAUGGUUGAAAAUGUUUUGGUACGGAAUGAAGUGACAGGUCAUACCUAUAAAUUUCCAUGUGGAAGAUGGUUAGGUAAGGGUGUCGAUGAUGGAAGCACAGAACGUCUUCUAGUUGGGGAAAUUGUUCCAGGAGAUGUAGAUGCUGAAGAAUUAAUGGAAACUUGCAGAACACCACCUAGAUGUUGUUCACCAAGUGUUCCUCGAAGACCAAGUCAACCAAAACUAACUGUUCCAGAAAUUCAACAGAUGCUUGGAGAUGCUGUUAAUAAUAUUGUUAAAUUUUAUUAUAAACCAGAGAAAGAAAGAGGAAGUUUAACUAUUCUUCUCUGUGGUGAACUAGGACUCGUCUAUUGUUUAGAACAAGUAUUUUUGUAUGGUUUCCGUGCAUCGAGAUUUUUUAGACAACUUUAUCUAUGGGAUUUUUUUGUCAAAGUUAGAAAUUAUUUUGAAAGCAGUCUUCACGAGGACGAAAAUGUCAUUCUCGGAUCCGUCACCUCAAACUGCCAUGAACACAUUGUCGUCAUGAGAUCUUACUGUCGACUCAUAGGAAAGAUUGAUAAGGCCUCUCCGUCAGUAGGGAAAGACGGAAAGUUUCAAUUAUUUAUCUGUCUGGCUGCCAGAGAUCAUCUAUUACAUCGGAUGUUACUUCAUAUUGCCUCCACUCCGGUGACUGUUAGUAUGUAUGAAGAGCAGUCGUUUCUGAGAGAUCCAAAUCUAGUGACUUUUCUUGUACAAAUAUUAGAAUCUCUCUCGGAAUUUGGAAUAACGUUAGAGACAUCACUAACGAAAGGCAUUGAACAUUGAAAACAAAAAAUGUACAAAUUUUUGUAUUAUCGGAUCUUAAUUUUUUUUUUCUUUUUUUUAUUACACUUGUACAUAAUUACGACCAACGUUUAUACAAUGUAUGAUAGACAAUGCUCAACACAAACACAUGGACCAAGUCACAAAUCAUUGCAAAUAUAAAUGUGCUACUUAAUUUAUUUAUUUCAAAAUUUCAAAUUCUGCACUUGAGCAUCUGCAUAUAGAAUUAUGUACAUUAUUGUAAUAUGAAAUAUUGUUUAUAAUAAAAAAAAACAUCAAAUCUUUUCUUUGUAACUU